AGGAUGUGAGGAUUAGGGAUGAAGGUAUAAAAGCACAAAGCAGGCGAUGUGUCUCAACAAAGUCGAGGAGCAAAACGAAGAAGCGGUGACCAGAAGCUCCGUGGGACACCUGCAACAACAACAGAAAUGAACGCCAGUCCACCAGCAGGAAGCGCCCUGUCCCCUGGCGGAGCCGCGGGCCCCACCACUCCCAAGAAGGGCCCACCCAAGUUCAAGCAGAGGCAGACUCGCACAUUCAAGAGCAAGGCUCCCAAACCAGGCCAGAAGGGUUUCGGCGACGACAUCCCCGGCAUGGAGGGUCUCGGCACCGACAUCACAGUGGUGUGCCCAUGGGAAGCCUUCGGCGACAUGGAGCUCAGCGACCUGGCCAAAUACGGCAUCAUCUAAGCCUCCUGCCUUCCUGAACC